GUAUACCAAUUCCUUUUACAGAGAGUGCUUCCAAGCUAAUCGUAUGUCUCUAUUCAUUCCACAGAAAGAGAUGGAAGAGACCUCUCAAAAGCUGAGCAUCUGAGACUUUUCCUUUGGUUUCUUACAGAAGUCAACGUCGGAGGUGGCAUGACAGAUUAAGCACACCUCUCUCUCUCUCUCCUCAUAAGCAGAAACAUCAGCAGCUGCAACCAAACAAGAAGCCAGCAGUCCUUGUUCUCACCAUAAUCUCACUGUUGUCUUCCCUUUACGUAUCUAUCUAUGAUUUAAGCUUCGGUCCAGUGUCCUCUAAUACCUCGCUUCCAAGUACUCCUUCCUUUGCUCAUAUUCCACCUUUGUGCUCUCACAUUCCCCUUUCUCUUUGCCUCCAUUCUUCUUCCUCCCUGUCCCCAACUCCAUAGCCAGCGCAAAGGAGCAUGCCUCAAUGUCCACACCAAGGGAGAGGAUGGAAGAGGUCGGCAAGAAGAUCAAAAGAGAAGCUGACGGCAUCACCGAUCGGAUCGGCAGGCAAGUAGGCCCCGUCGGAACCCUAAACACCAUCACCCCAUGCGCCGCAUGCAAGCUCCUGCGGCGGCGGUGCGCUCAGGACUGCCCCUUCUCUCCUUACUUCUCGCCUCACGAGCCUCAGAAGUUUGCCCUGGUGCAUAAAGUCUUCGGUGCAAGCAACGUCUCCAAGAUGCUAAUGGAAGUUCCCGAGCCCCAGAGAGCUGAUGCAGCCAACAGCCUUGUGUACGAGGCGAACCUAAGGCUCAGAGAUCCCGUGUACGGGUGCAUGGGGGCGAUCUCGGCGUUGCAGCAGCAAGUCCAGGCCUUGGAGGCGGAGCUGCAAGCGGUGAGGGCUGAGAUCUUGAAACACAAGUACGGGCAAGCAGGUGGUAACAUCAUCCCCACCUCUCACGCUGCUUUGCUUCCUCCGUCGGCGGCGGUGUCUGUGGCUGCACCACCACCUGUGCCAUUGCCAUCGCUGUCUCCGGUGACCGACGCCGCCUCCUCUUCCAACUACACUUCCCUUCCUUCCAGCUCCACCAACUACAGCUCCAUUACCACGAACCACAAUGUCGCAUACUUCGGCUGAGAUUGCUUGGCACAUGCAUUGGAGAGAGGUAACAUCGUAUUGUUGUCGAAGGGUGAUCCCAAGUGAGGGGCUUCAAUUAUCCCUUUUGUAUUAUGUUAAUUUCUGCUGCCAAUCCAUUCUUGACUAGGUUACUGCAUAACUGAUGCAGCUCCAUUAUGAACACUAAGCUUUACUGUUCUUCUCAUUUUGGUGGGAGAUGAGAUGUGGAUCUAUGCUUGGAAUAGUGUCGAGUAGGUUAGAUCACGAGCUUUCCCCCCACAUGUCAAGAGUACAGAAGUGGUCUUCUGCUAGGAACAGCUGGUCAUGGAAUCCAAGCUUUAACAAGAUAAACAAUCUUUUUUCCUUCUUUCUGUCAAUGGUUCUUCUUCAAUGAACAAGUGGAACAGGGCCUUCUCACAUGUUUGUCUGUACCUUUAACUCUCCCUCUCUCAAAUCCCAGGGGGGACAGGAAGUAUGCUUGAUGGAUCCUCCCUAUGCGAGAGAGAAUAGAAGCUUGUGAGAAUUUGGUCAUGUGGCUAACCCACUCACACUGGGAAUCUUCACAGCUAACCUGACCUCAUACUCAGAAAGGUCAUCCUCUUUGAUGUAUCAACAUGGAGGAGUAGGUUUUGAUCUAUCAUUCUCGGCAAAACCCAAGUCUCUCAUCCUGUGAUGGAACUGUUGCCUGGUUGGUCAAUGGGAUUUGCCAGCUACUUGAAUUCUAAAACCAGGUGUGUUUCCUUGGCUUGCAGACUUCCACAAGCACAACUAAAAUACUCAUGGGGAACUGUGACUUCACAGUCUCCUAGCUUUCCCAUCCUUCCUUGCAUUCUUCUCCUUCCACUGGUAACCCUAAUAUAUUCUCACAAGGGGUUCUACUGAUGUGAUGGGAUUUGGUCCACCGCCAUGGUUGCUUCAGUUUGUCGCAUCAGGACCUGUCUUCACUCUCAAUACACCAGCAGCAACAGUUAGACUCUGCGGCAAUAUUAAACCAUGUCAUGUUCUUAAUUUGUGUUCAAGAUAACAGCUCACUCCUCAUGCAGCAAAGUUUGAAAUGUAGACUUGAAGCCACAGAAAUCAAUGGCUUUGUUUGGGUUGUAGGUUGUGAAGACUUUGUGGAUGUUCUGUAGGGUGUGGUGUAGUGCAAGCUAUUGUCCUUUAUAUUCAUUAUAUAUGUACUGUUUUCACUUAAUCAAAGAGGAAGGAAGGGUUUCAUCAACCACAUUGUUAAAUCGUUGGGCAACACAUGGAGAUUUUAAAUCAUGCCUCCACUGC